CGCGCAGAUACUAAUCGUUGAGUCGGGACUACGCCAUUCGUGGAGAAUAAUUCUACUGUGAUCGAUACGGAAAUGCUUGCGACCGCUCAUUCUUUCGUCAACAGGUAGUAAGCAAAAGUGUCGUUAUAUUUGCACAGAAAUUUAUUUACUCGAACGCUCGAACUCAACUCCUAACAGACUGAACUUGUACAGUGUACCGCUUUCAGAAAAUAAGAAUUGAUGGCCUUAGGUAAUGAUAUUCCGAUGUUUGAUGUUACGUUGCACAAAUAGCCGAAAGAAAAAUAUCCAUUGCGUAAUAUACAUGUAUGUUAGAAAACUCGUAGUGUCUCCUCUCCAUUGAGUAUCGAUACUCUGGAGUGAAGUGGCAUUCCUCGUACCAUUUCGUAUUUUCGUUUCAUUCGUCUGUUAAAAAAUUUCACUGCAGUGAAUUACUUACAAGUCAUUCGUCAUCGCCAUAUACCCUUACCGAUUUAACAUAAUUUUCUUUUGACUGAUAUGCUAACGGUCUUCGCAGCACUGUAAUAAAAGGCGACACCAUGGUUGAAGAAUAUUCUAAAUUACGCUGAAAAUUAGGGCGUAAUUUCAGACCAUAGAAAAACCCCACGUGAAGCGGAAUAAAACGUAUUUCCGAUCGGCAUUGCGAAGUAGACUGAGUGAAUAACGAUGCGUGUUCUCAAUUUUUUGGCAAUGACAUAUCUGACGAUUUCUCAAGUCCGGUGUGUGACAGCGUACGGUCACGUUCUCGGUUCGAAUAAAAUUCUGUUCGAGAGAAAUGAAAAUAAACUAGUAGAAUUUUUCACCGAAUUUCAAAGAGAAGUAGUCCACUUCGAUAGUCGUCAAAUCAUGUGCAUCGGGGAUUCGACUGAUCAGCUAAAUUUGUUAAGGCCUCUCAUGAACGAAAAUGCUUAUUACCUUGCAAAAAAUGUGACGGAGGGAGUAAAGAGCAUCACCUUGGAUUCGUAUUCGCAAGAUUUCGUCUUUUUAUUUCUCACGAGCGUGGAGGAUAGUUACGUGAAAAGUAUUUUGGGUAAUAUUCAUAAAUUCUUCAGGAUGCAUUUUUUUUUCGUCUACCAGGGCUUUGCCACGGACGAUGAAAUCGAUAUGGUUCUCGAUACUGUUUCUGAAAAACCUGGAAAUAUUUACACGAUGAACUUUCCUAGAAUAUUCUUACACCACGACGAAGGAAAAGUGAAACUGUACGUCAGAGAGUUUUCGAUAAAUUGUCUACCGGAACUCGCGUUGCUCAUGAACUUUUCAUCGAACGCGACGUUCGAAAAAGUCAGAGAAUUUUACGGGAGCGCCUGGGAUCACAAGGGAUGUCCGGGACUCAUCCUCACCCGGUAUUCUCCUCCGCGUAUGAUAUUGGAAACGGAUUCGGAAGGUGAAUUGCAAAUUACCGGCGGUUCCGAAGGUAUUAUGACGCUGACGAUAGCCAAAGUUUUGAACGCUUUACCCAAAGUCUCGUUAAUUGCGUUGAGUAAUAGGCUGGUCAGGCCCAAGAUUCUUACUGUUGUAGCAGUCGCUAAUUGGAAAGAAAUGCUUUUGGCCGUCGACCACAUUCGAUUCCGAUAUCGUGAAACCAGUCGAAUAACAUCGGUAACGUACAGUGCAGCUUACAGCAAACAGUGCGCCGUUUGGGUUGUUCCGAUAAUCCCAAAAUGGAAUUACGUAAUUUUCGUCGGCGAAUUUACCAUGGAAAGUUGGAUCGUAAUUGCGGCGACCUUCUUCAUCUUCGUGGCGAUUUCCAGCUUCAUCCGAAGCCGGUCACAGCCUCGAAUAGGAUCCCACAGGGCAAUGCAGUUCUGCGGGACAAUUAUGGACCUGUAUUCACUGAGUCUUGGAAAUCCGUUACCGGAGCAAUCGAUGGCUGGUGGUUUGAAGGCAUUAGGGUUGAUUUUUUUAUGGUAUUCUUUGAUAAUAACGACGGCGUACAAGGGUUCCUUAUCUUCGUUAAUUACGGUCGGACACGGUAGAUCUGCGAUCACCGAUACCGAGGGGAUUUUGAAAGCCAAUUUGUCGAUGGGUGGUGAUAUUCCAAAUUUGCAACUCAUUCAAGAUUUGGCAAGCAAUAGUGAAAUAUUUCAGGAAAUAGCGACUCGAUACGAAAUCUGGAACGACUCGAUGGCUGCCAUUCGUAGAGUGGCAUUUGACAAGGACUUCGCUUUCGUCACAUCGAGGAGCGACUUAUAUUAUAACAUGGAAAUGUAUCUGAAAACUAACGAGGUUCCGCCGCUGUUCGACGUAAUCGACGACUGCGUAAUGACUUUUGACACGGGCACUAUCGUCUCGAAGAAUGUCCGGUUAUUAAAAUCCGUCGAUAAUGUCAUCUUGAGGCUCACGGAGUCAGGACUCAUGAAAUACUGGCAAAUCCAGGAUCUACAUCAGUCGCCCGGUUUGGGCAUGAAAUUUAAGAACCCGGCUGACUCUGGAUACGAAACGACAAAGGUUCACAAAUUAUUAGUGAUCUGCAGCGUUCCUACCAUUGCCUCGAUGUUUCUCUUCUUCGCCGAACUUAUUCAUCAUAGAUUCACGCCACAUGGAUCACAUUAA